AUGAAUACACCAUUAAAUCGAUUACUUUAUCCUAAAACUAAAAUUGAUUGGGGUCCAGGAGAAAAUCAUAUAUGUUUAAGAACAUCAAGUAAAAAUUAUUAUGUGAUUGAAUUAUUCCAUCAAUCACCAACUUUAGAUAAAUUAAUUCCAUUAUUUAUAAAUGAUAUUAAUUCAUCAUUAAAUUUAUUUCAUAUUUAUUAUCAAUUAGCUGAAAAUUUAACUCAAAUAGUAUUAAUUAAUAAUUAUCCUGUGAAUAAAGUUCGAAUAGUUGGGAAAAUUAUUGGUGAAAAAUAUAAAUCAAUGUCUAAUAAUAGUAAUAAUAUUAAUAAUGAACGAAAAAUUAAUGAUGUGAUUUUAACAAUUGAUGAUUUUGUUGGAUUAAAUUCAAAAAUUAAUGUUAAUUUAAAUCAAUGGAAAUUUAAAUCUCAAGGUUGUAAAUUAAAUAUGUCAAAUCAUGGGAAAAUCGUUGAAAUUCAAGGAAUUAUUAAUAAUAAAUAUAUUUAUUAUAAUAGAAAUAAUUACCAUAAUGACAACAACAAUAAUUCACUUCAACGAGAAAUUGACGUGGAAAAAUUUAGAGUAUUAAGUCAUAAUGGUAAUGAUUUCCAUAUUGAAUUGGAUAAUUGGAAGAAAACAUUGGAAUUUAGAAAUUUGAAUUUAAUGGAGCCAUGGAUAUUUAUUCCUUCACCACAAAGAAAUAACCACCACCACCACCAUCAACAACAACAACAGAAGCAACCAUUAACUUAUAGAUUCACUGAAUCAGAAUUACGCAAACGGAAUAAUCGUCAAAAUUUGAUUAUUUCAUCUUCUUCAUCAAUUAAUGAAUUACAACCAGAAGAAUUGACAUUUGAAGAUAGUUUAUUAGUUGAUGCUGUACGUAAAUCAAGUGAUAGAACCAGUGCUAAUUCCGUUGAUGAUGAUGAUGAUAAUUUGGUGGGUGAAAAAAGUUUUGGGGUUACUAAGAAUGAUCUAGUGCCAUCACAACAACAACAACAACAACAACAACUGAGUUCAUUAAGUAUUGCACGCUUAUCGCUGACACCGCGAGAAACUACUCCUGUCACUAGCAACGCGGUUAUACAUGGCAUAUCGCUGGACCUAUGUAAUAAAUCAAUCAAUGAAAUGGCAACACCUAAUAACCACAAUAACACCGAUACUAUUGAUGAUGAUGACGAGGACGAUGACGAUGAUAUUGUAAUUCUAGCGGUAAAUAACAAUCCUGUUAAAGUGGUUACAGAAUUUCAAGUCACAUUAGAAAUUAUAAAAUUCAUUAUAAAUAAAAAUUUUAUUAAAUUCAAACUUGUGGAAAUAUAUCGUCAUAAUUAUAUAUCUCAAUUAUUAACUAAUUUAACUACUAUUCAAUUAAGUACAUUACAACAAAUCCCUAAUUUUAAAAAUUUAAAUUCAUUUGAAGAAUAUAAAUCAAUAAUUUUCCAUCGUAUACGACAUAUUUUACAAUUUGAUUAUCAAUUAAUUACUGUUAGUCAAACUCAACUGGUUAAACUGAAAAAUUUACAAAAUUUAUUUUAUAGUUUGAUACAAAUUUUACAUAAUUUAAGUCACUUCAAAAAACAAAAUCCAAAUACAAAUCAUGAAUUGAAAGUAAUGGAUUAUUUAGAAUUAUUAAAACAAGAAAAUUUGAUAUUUGGUGAUGGAAUUAAUUAUAAAUUAAUUAAUGGAAUUAUUGAUUAUAUAUUAACUAUGGUUUUAAAACAAGAUCAUUUAUGGAAAUAUGAAACGAAAACUAUUACAUGGAAGUAUAUAGGAUAA